AUGUCCCCGAAGUAUUCCUUGAUCUCUCUUCUCUUUCUGCCUCUUGUUUGUGAAACAUUCGAUACGUUCAAUGACAGAGAUUCGGAUACGGUAAGUCCAAAAACGGUUACGGACAUGUUCCGCGUCAAAUUAUGUACGGACAGUAGUUGUGUUAUCAGUAACGAGCAGAACCCCAAUGACACAUUUCAGUCGAGUCUAGAUGUCGGGGAGUACUGUGCCGCCUAUCACAUGAACUACUUCUAUUACUGUCGCGGAAUCUGGACGGCCGAGAAGCUGCACAAGCACAGAAGCAUCAUGCAGAAGAUCGGAAAGUUCUGCCCGAGUUACAAAGCGGCGUGUGUCACGAGAACAAGGUGAGAACAUGCGUAAAGAAUGAGUGCGAGAAGAGGGAAACUGUAGAAUUGACCCGGAAGAAGACCGGGAACGGAGGGAGGAGCACAAGAAGGACGUGACGGAGAACGUCGGGGACAUGCCGUUCGACGAUCUCAUGCGGAAGGUCCGUCCCGUAUCGAAACUGUGCUGUGCUCCAUUGAUGUUUUCAGCUUGAGAAGAUCGCUCCGUGCCGCCCGAACUGUGACGUUAAUGUUCAUCCGCAUUGCACUCGGAAGUGUAAGGUACAAACUACGAAGUCUUAGAACUAGCCAGUCUUUUCGACCCAUCAAUCAUAGCUGUCCCCUUUCGGCAAUUAGCUUUUGACGUGGAAAGUUCAAAACGGAUCAGCUGACGUGGAAUCUUGCAGUGUGAAUACGAAUAUCAUCGGAUGCAGAAGUGGUGUAAGCCGUCGCGAAUCGAGGAGAGAUUCAAAUACUUCUGCAGGUUAUUUCUUCUUUUUCUCUUUCUUGCCGUCUCUCCGAUUCUUUCGGUUUCUACUUUUUAAGUGACUUUGAAAGAUCGGACGCGCGGUAUGACGGCCGAUCUUUCAAGUGUUUUUCUUAACAAUCAAUUGGGCAACUUUCUGUGCUGAACGAUGGAAUGCGUACGUACUUUAGCACUCGGUUUAUUUCAGAAUCUGGUACAUGUCUUGUUCCGGAUACAUCGAAGAGCUCGAUCCAGAAAUGGCGGUGCAGUUUGUUGAGCGUGAGCCAAUGAAAACUGACUGAAAAGAAUAAUACGAUAAUUGCAGAAUACGGUAGUUACGGGCAGUACUACGGCUGA